AUAUUCAAGCCAUUUCCGGUAUGAAAUAUAUAACGAAUCUAUUACCUUUUUUUGCAAUAAUAAAGAUAACUCUUGGAUAUUUUGAUCUCGAAGAUCUACAAAAUUCAAAAUAUAACAUAGAUUUCGUGAAAACUCCUGUCGUUCUGCCAGAUGAAAUCCCUGAAAAUGCUGUUACAGUAGUAACAAAAUUAGGUCAAAAAUUCCAUUGCAUUUACUCCGAUCGUGCAGAAGAAGUUGAAAAAGAGAAGGAAGAAGAAAUUUCUGCUCUACGAAUAGGCGUUAAAGAUUUGUUGAAACCAUUAGAAAGCGGACCAUGUUUAUUUCAGACAAAAGAUUGGUGGUCUUACGAGUUCUGCUUUGGAAAAUACAUUAGGCAAUAUCACAUGGAAGACAAUAAAAUUUCCGGAAAGAUAAUAUACUUAGGAUAUUAUGAAUCAGAGUAUAACUGGGACAAUGAAACGGAUAAUGAAUCAAAAAGUCGUCUUAAUAGAUAUCAUAGUCAAUAUUAUACAAAUGGUUCAAGUUGCGAUGUCACUGGUAAACAGAGAAGAACGGAAGUGAGAUUUAUAUGUGAUCACGAAAGCGGUGAUAGGAUAGACGAUGUGUAUGAGCCAGAAACUUGUGUUUACGUAUUGACAAUACACACAAUGAAAAUCUGCCAUCAUCCAUAUCUAAAACCACCAACAAAAAAGAAGGCUACAGUCAUCCAAUGCAAGCCAGUAGUCACUCAAGAGCAGUUCAAUAUUUAUGAAGAAGAAAGAAAAGAAUGGGAAAGAGAUCAGGCAGAAAAGUUGAAAGCCAAUGAAUUAAAAUUAAAAGAAGCUCAGAAAGAGUUGAAAGAAAAGGAAAAAGAGAAAGAAAUAGAAAAAGACGAAAAGCAAUUAAAUAGUGAUAGUAAAACGUCAGAGCAAAUAGAUAACAUCAAAAAUAGUAAAUUUUCAAAACUACAAUCUGAUAUAAUCAAAGGGGUUAAAGAAAUCAAUAAAGCAAAUCUUAAUAAUAAAAGAGAUAUUAAAGAAUACAUUAAAACAUUUACAAAUAUGAAGAAAACGAGAGGUGAUACAAGGUUCAAGAAACAACGUAGACAAAAGGGAGAGGAAAAGUACAAAGACGACUAUGAUGAUGAGGAUGACGAAAGUAAAGAGGAAAAGAAUAAAAGUAAAAUGAAAGAAACUGAUUUAACUAAAGACGAAGAAUCAAAAAAAGGAGUAUUAACCUCUGAAGAAGAUAAAGAAAAUGUUGAUGAAUUCUCAAAAGGAUUAAAAAAUUUAGGAUUAAAUGAUAGGCAGGAAACAAACUUAGCAAACUCAAAAUCAAAAAUAAAAGAAGCUGUUGAAGAACAAUUUGAAGAUAUUCUCAGUGAGGCGCAAGAAGAACUAGAAAAGGAGGGUGUAGAUGUAAAAUUAGAUAAAAAAGAGACUGCUAGACAUUUAUCUCAAACUCUUACCAAUCUCUUAAAUGUAUUAGAUGAGAAAAAUAAUGAUAAAGAUAAAAAAAAAACAAAAGAUGAUGCAACAGAAUCAGAAUCUGUUGACGAGAAAGUCGAAGCAACGGAUGAAGAUUUAUCAAAUAUAAAUGAACCGCAGAAAAAUGAUGCUGAAGGAGACAAAGGAUCAGCCUCUUCAAGAAUACAGGAAGACUUUCAAGAAAAAAUGCAAAAUCAUUUAAAAAAGGCAGGAAUAAACACGGACGGUCGUAAAAUAACUGUUAAAAUAAUCUCGUCUAAAACUGGAGAGGAAAUUAAAAUAGGUAAUGAUGAAGCUCUCAGUAAAAUGAUCAUUGCUAUAUGGAGCGGUGAUGAAGAAGAAAUAAAAGAACAACAAAGAGAAAAGAGAUUUCAGUUGUCAUAUAAUAGUAACUGGAAAAGGAAAAGUAAGUUAUUCACUCCUCCGGAUGAUUCUGGAGAAGUCUUAAAAGAAAAGGGUGAAGAUGAGGAAACAUAAACCAAGUUCAGAUACACUCUUAAUUUAAUUGUUAAAGCGAAAAACUGUUGAAUAUUUAAAAAAAUACUGUUUAAUUUUCAAAGUUCACCCUAAAUUGAUAAUAUUUAAAUGUCGAAUAAAUUUCUAAAACUGAAAAUUAUUUCACAUCACAGUCAUAAACUACUUAAUAGACGUUGAUAUCCAAAAUUUAUGGAUCUUUCAUUAGAAUUUUCAAGUUAAUUAAUGAAAUGCGUUAUUGUCGUUUCACUAUAAUUUAUAUCGUGAUGUGAAAAAAUGAAAAUAAAAUAUUCGAUGUAUGAAAUUAAAAAUGGCACUAUAGCAACAAAUAAUAAAAGAAAAAAUUUUUGUUACAUAAGAGCCGAACCAAUAAUCAUAUAAAAUGAAUAUCAAUAAUCAGCAAACUUAACGACUCAGUGUCUU